AUGAUAGUGGGAUUUUUACUACCUUCAUCGUGGGGAGUAAAAAAAGAUGAAAAUACGCUUCUAAGCAUAGAAGAUCUCAUAAAUAUAUAUGGAGUAGAACUUGUUAGAGAACAAGCUGAAGAAGAAGCCCAAGCAGAAGCGGAAGCUGAAGAUCGGGAAUACGAGAGUGAGGAAAGUUCCGAUGAAGAUGAGGACGGAACCCAAGCACUAAGAGCUUAUGAUCCUGAACUUAGUGAUGCUUUUGAUUUUCUUUAUAAUUUAUUGGAAAGAUUUACAUGGGAAGAUACAAUUAGAUACACCGAUCGUAUUUCAUUUAAAGCGGAUAUAAUGACGUUUUUCGAUAGAAAUACAUCGGAAAAUAAUACGCAUUCAAAAGUUGAUUGGAUUGUAAAGACAAGGUGUAAAAACAACAGAAUCAAUUUGGGGGGUGAAAUAAUUAGAAAAAUUAAAUACAGCCCAUUAUUAGUGUCAUUAGGGUUACAAAAUACAUAUCUGGAGUUUGAUGUAAUCAGAAAAUAUAAUGAUAUAAAUGACUUCAUAGAGUUACGCACUAGUGUAAAAUCGAGUGUUGAAUAUGUUGACGGUAUUGAACGUUUAUUAUUUACAUUAAAAAAUUUUAAAACAUGUGCUACCUGCAAUCGUCGACUACAGUCGGCGUGUUCGCUUCCGGCAGUGUUCAUUAACCGAUCUCCGUCGACCGAAAUGGCGCCCAAUCCGUUCACGUCCUGGCUGACCACCCGAAGGGCCAUAUCGUACGGGUCCAGCAUCGGCUACAUAAUGCUCCUCCGUAUGGCCUUACUGUUCUUCCGGCCCGACAUCGAGAACAUCAGUCACCGGUUCGUGGACCGCCAGAUCACCGAGAUCAGAGACAAGUACGAUUUCGUGGUGAUUGGCAGCGGUUCUGCGGGCUCCGUCAUCGCCAAUCGUCUGUCCGAAAACGCAAACUGGACGGUUCUAUUAAUAGAGGCUGGAAUCGAUGAACCGGCGUGGUCAGACAUACCGCUGCUAUAUCCUUCCCUCCAGCGCUCGAAUAUUGACUGGCAGUAUAAAACAGAACCCAGUCAUUCGUCAUGCUUGGGCCUCGACGGGAACCAAUCUAGCUGGCCCCGGGGCAAAGUCAUCGGUGGCAGCAGUGUCCUGAACGCUAUGUUUUAUGUCAGGGGCAACCGGAAGGAUUAUGAUGCGUGGCAAGACGCCGGAAAUGAGGGCUGGGGUUACGAGCAUGUAUUACCGUACUUCAUCAAGUCCCAGGAUAUGAGGAUACCGGAGCUCGUGGAUUCGGAGUACCACGGGACAGGAGGAUACCUCAGCGUUGAGCACUUCCGGUCGAAAUCACCGAUCGUUGACAAUUUUUUGGAAGCCGUCAAGGAAGUCGGUUACGACGAAGUCGAUAUAAACGGCCGGAGUCAGACAGGAUUCACACGAUCUCAAGGAACUCUAAGAGACGGGUUGAGGUGCAGUACGGCCAAAGCGUUUUUGAGGCCAAUCAAAAAUCGUCCAAACCUUCAUAUCAGCUUACACACGCAUGCCUUAAAAGUCGUGACUGAAAACGGCCAGGCCACAGGUGUACUGAUAUCGAAAGCGGGGUCGAUACCGAAGUUGGUGAUGGCCGAAAAAGAAGUGGUGCUCUCUGCGGGUGCAAUAAAUUCGCCCCACCUGUUGAUGUUGUCGGGGAUAGGGCCUGCCGACAAGAUUCGUGAAGCCGGUGUUAAUGUCACUAAACACAUACCCGGCGUGGGCCAGAACCUACAAGACCACAUUGCGAUGGGCGGAGUAACGUAUCUGUUCGAUUCGCCCGCCGAAUCCAACCCUCAGGGUCUAGGUAUAGUGUUACCAAGGGUGUUUACGCUUAACUCGUUCAUCCAAUUCUUCCGCGACAAAAUGGGACCGCUCUAUAGGAUACCGCUUGGCGAAGUCAUGGGUUUUGUAAACACGCGCCACAACGAUGAUCACGAUUGGCCGGACGUUCAGCUGUUUAUGACAGCGGCUGGGGAAAACGACGACGGUGGUUUAUUGAAUAAAUGGGACGUGGGCAUCACUGACGAGUACUACGAGCAAGUUUUCGAACCCAUAUUAUACCAAGACGCCUUUACGAUAGCACCGUUGCUGCUGAGGCCGUACAGUCGAGGCUACAUCGAGAUAACAAGCCCCGACCCUUACGCCGCUCCGAAAAUCGUGCCAAAUUAUUUCAGCGACCCGCGGGAUGUCAAAACUAUAGUGGAGGGUGCCAAAAUAGGAUACGCCAUCAGCCGAACCAUGGCAAUGAGCAAAAUCAACGCCACAUUGCACAACAUUACCACGCCGGGUUGCGAGAGUUACGAAUUCUUAUCCGACAAAUAUUGGGAAUGUCAGGCUCGUCAUUACACGAUGACCAUUUACCACCCGGUCGGCACGUGCAAGAUGGGUCCGGCGAACGAUGAGUAUGCCGUGGUGGACGAACGGUUGAGGGUGAGGGGCAUCAAAAGCUUGAGGGUGGUAGACGCUUCCAUAAUGCCUACGAUUGUUAACGGCAACACCAACGCGCCAACGAUCAUGAUAGCGGAAAAGGCGUCUGACAUGAUUAAACAAGAUUGGGCCGAACAACCGUAA